ACUUCGAGGUGUAUUACUAUCAUUCUCUUUUAUAGUUUUGAUCGCAAGUACCACAGGAUCGCGUAAUAUUGGAGUGAUAGUUUAGCAGAAACUGAAGUGAACCUUACUUCAUUGGUGCUGAAGAAUAAUUUUGUUGGUGCUUGUGACUGACAAUGUUUCGGAUAUAUGUUUUUUGUUGGACAUUUUUAUGACACUUCGUGGGUGAGAUUGUUUUGGUAUCAGAUUUAGUAAAACAUAGCAAAGAGGGCAAGGCUAUGCAAAAUUGUGUAUAACGGAGGUCAGAAAUUAACACUACCAUUUCAUAUGUACGUUUUCGUGACAUCAAGAUGAAUCAGAGGAUUAUGAUCAUGAAUUGCCAAAAAUAAAAAGUGAUUUUCAGUACCAAAAUAAAUAUAGUAGGAAUAAAACCAGUGAUAGCGAAGGUGAAAAAUAUACUUGUCUGGCCUCACACACAUAGCAGCAAAGGGGCUGAGCCUCUGUUCGUAUGGUGUUCAAUGACUAACGUAAAUAUGAAACACGAAAUAAUGACAUCAGUCUCAAACCUCUUUUGGGCACAGUAGAAAGUGUUAAAAAAUUGGGAACAUGUAGUUUCGUCUGAACAGUAUUCGCCAGCAAUGGAUCACAUUGAAGAACUCAAGUGCAAUAUCGAUAAAAGUUUGGAUAGAAAUUCUACGGAAAUGGAAUGUGAAGCAGAGUCUGAAAAAUUUGAUCUCAGUCCAGAAAAUUCAAAAAAGAGUGAUAGCUCUCCGCUGGAUGACCGAAUUUCAAAGCCAGUUGCGGAGAAAGAAGAUGCAGAAGAGGAAAAAAUGCAAUAUAACAACGGUAGUUUCAAUAGCGGAACGAGUGAUAACAAUAAUGUAAAUAAAAGCGUGUCGAUGCAGGAAAUUGAGAAGAUCCAACGUAGUGCCAGUGAGGAUCCGGAUGUCCGCAAUGCUCUUGCAUUUACGAUCGAAUUCAACGAGGGCCGUAAGUCUGUUGAUACUCAACGUCACGAGAAAAUGCUUGAGCGUUUUCAAAACCGACACAAACGAGGUGUUUCCUUGUCUAAAUUAGAAAGUGGCUCAACUCCUCCGGUAGGAAAAAUGAAGCCUCCUCAAAGCGUAAAUUUACCUAGAAAAAAUAGAAUAGAACAACCGGAAAUUCAAGAUACUGCAGUAAGAUUACGAGAUAAAAGCAACGCUUCAAAAGACUCUAUUAGCAAAAGACAUAGCUGGAGCCCCCGAUCCAGUAUGACUGAAACAGGUGCAAAAGAACCGGCAGCAAAAGUAAAAACCAACAGAUUUACGCCAAGAUCUACAGCACUGCAGAUGGCUUUCGAUCAGCAAAAUAUUAUGAAAGAUUCAUGUUCAAGUUCAGAAUUCAACGUUGAAAGUUUGGAUUCUUCAAUAGGUCUUCCGUGUAUUGAGCCUCCUUUAGAAAAUUUCAAGAAAGAUAAUGACGAUGAUGAUAGCGUCAGUGAAGCGGGAACUUAUACAUUGGAUGGUGAUAAUUAUACGGAGGAACAGAAAGAGCGGAUGAAUAUUGACCGCAUGCCUCCCUUUACUCCGGAAUUAACACCGAAGCCCCUUUUCACGUUGGGAACGGGUAUAGGACACCCGCAACGACCAACUAGUUUUCAAGAAGAUUUAGAAAUCAUCGACUUAGAUCGACCGUGUUCUGGCAUAGCAUCUAAUGAGAGACGGAAUAAUAAUGUUCUGGAGGUAGUUUACUUUCACGAGUCAUCAUCGGCGCAAACUACAAAACCGAAACAAUCAUAUCUAGAAAAGUUGAAGUCACGUGUUAAGAAUAUUACCCACAAAGGAAAAUCUCCGGAUAAACAGAUUUUACCGCAGCAAAUGAAUUCUCCGGAUCAAGGAACAUUUACUUCCGUCACAACAAGUGGAAUAUUGAGUGUUAAACCUUCACUGGAAAAUCAUCCUCAUAUGCAUCGGCGCAACAGUCUGACAAAAUCUCACAUCGAUAGUUCUGAGUAUGUGCAGGGCGUAGCAAAGUUGAACAUUCAUAAAAAUGAAGAAGAGGCUAAAAUUCUCAACUGCUAUACUGAUUCUGAGAAAGCCACAGGGCUAUCCGACUUGAACACAAAGUACGAUCAUCCAAGGCGUAAAGCAGGUUCUGAUGCAUCUGCUAUAGGAUCAGCCGUUAGUAAAAAAGACUGGAUUCAAGAAUGGGCCAAAAACGCGCGGGAAUAUUCAAAGAACCCCGCUCCCAACAAUGCUACUAGCAACAACAAUUCUCAGAUGGUUAGAAGCUACGAGUUCGAUAAUAGGAAUCAAUUUGGCUACGAUUUCGAUAUUGACAUGACAAAAAGUGAUUAUUACGACACGAAAAAGUAUCAAGAGUUUGGGGACAACUUGGAUCGCCAUCAUUUACAUCGAAAACAGGUUGAACGGCUUUUGAACAACAGUAGCAAUAGUGAUCCAUUGCUUAAGCAAGUUUUCGGAAACGAGUGUGGUGCAACAAAUUAUGGCGAAUUCACUCGACGAGGAAGUAUUAGGCAAUAUACGAGCCCAACAGCGGCAAAGCCACCCAUCAGCCCAAGUAAAAUACCAUCUCCAAUGGGUUCCAUUGGUAGAGCCCGAAGCGUUAGUAGAAAUCGCAGUCUUCAGGGAAGUAAUUCGGAUCUAUCUACGAAUGAAACCGAAAUGUAUCUUCAAAAGACUGCUGCGGCAAUAUCUACUCUACAAAACCUGCAUAGGCGGAACUCGUUACGCAACUCUUCGCGGCAGAAUUCUUCGCACUCAAGUCCACUUAGUCCGGCAUCCCGAAGAAUUUCACCGAAGAUUUCUCCUAUGAAUUCUUUACAAUCACCGGUGCAGUCACCUCAUCGAGAAAGAAUGAUUCAUACCGAAGGAAGUCACACUUAUAUGCCACAUCACCAGCAUCAACAGAUACUUACUCUGAAGCAACAGCAGAACUUGCUGAAUCACAAACGGAAUCUCUCCCUGGAUGGUUCAGAAUCCUAUGCUAGUGCCCUAGCAACACUAGGUUAUGGGAAUCAGAUGUCAAAUAGUCUCAACUCCGAGAAAAUGAAUGCAAUAUUAGAUUUUAAAAAACAACACACACGGCACAACUCGUUUGAGGGAAUGUCUUCCCUGCCACCAAAACCUAUGAAAUGUUUUCAAAACUUUGAUCAAAAGACUGCCUACUACUGUGCGAAGGGUCAAAAUGAAGACAUUUCAGGUCACGAAACCGUCGAUGAAGAUGACGAUGAGAAACUGAUUGUGAUUACUUCUGCUGUAAAGGAUAUGACCUUGGGCACUAAGAAACAAGGUGGAGUAUUGAUUAAACAGCAAUCAUCGUCAUCAACAAGUGCAAAACCCAACGGUGCACAAGCGAGAGCAACAGGAAGCACUGCAAAUAAGAUAUACAAUCCCAAACCGGUGCCAACUCAAAUGUCUUCACCUAUAAAACGAUCAAGCUCAUUUUCAGUAAAGGCAAUGAAACCAACCACGCCAACACUUACGCCUAAGUUUGGAUCCAAAGCAGCAACAGGAGGCACAAGGAUUCAGAAAUCUGCCAGUAGCACUAGUUUCAAGAAGAUCGUUGCCAAUUAUAAUGACGAGGACGAUGACUUUUAUAUAAAUGAUGAUGAUGACCUAGAGCUAGAUCCAGAAUAUUCAUCUAGUUCGGAAAUCAGUGAUAAGGAUGAUGAAGGUGGUGAAACUGAAAAGGAACCAAUAACCAACACAAAAUAUAACAAAACCUUCCUUAUGCGAAUGGAACAAAACAAAAAGCUUGCUGCAGGUCUUAAGCAAGGUGUGGCAGCUUGUCCGAAUACUCCUGAAUUACCUCGCAGAACACUUCAGGUUAGAGGCAGUACUCGUGAUCGAGCAUCAAUGCCACGUGAUUCGAGUCUAAAUCGAAUGAAACAAGACUUAAAUAAUUCGCGAAAAUCAAUGGGCAGAGACUCGAUGCCAAAGGAAUCAACAGGUAGCGCUGGUGGCAAGCAAAAAGUACAACCAAAAUACUUGGAUAUAUCAAAAUAUAAGAAUCCAUCUGCGGGAAGCUUUUUAAAGAAAGAUGAAUCUAAGAGUUAUCUGCUCAAAUCGGAAGUGAAAAAGAGUCCAAGUAGUGCUUCAGUCGCUAUGAAUAGAGCCGAGCCAAACAGAAUGAGUACUAGAAGUAUUAAAUCAGCAGGAGCUAAGCCAACACCAACUAGUAAAAGAGAAAAUCAAAAAGUAGUAAAGGAGCAAGAACUGGAGAUGUGGCGCAGACGGGCUAGCUAUGAUCCAAUGAAGGCUGCUAUGGAGGGCAAAAAAAAGCAAGAAGAAGCUCGCCGCCAAGUUCAAAACCAAGCAGAACGAACAAGUAAAUCGUGUGAAAGCUCCGUAUUGAGGUCUCAAUCUUGUCACAGUGGUGUUGGAGUUGGAACAAGUCGCUUGUAUUUCAGCAAUAUAAACAACAACACCAAUGCAAACAUAAAAGGGAUUCUCGAUCAUCCAGAUAACAACAGCAGCAGCAGUCAACCGAGUAACCGCUGGACGCUAACGUCAACCGAAUCGAGCGAUGAUUUCGACGAUGAAUACAAUAACUAAGAUUCUUUUAAGUGUGAUUUUUGGUUUAUAAGUUUCCACGAGAGCAUAAUUUAACUUGUACCACCAUUAUUGACACAAAAAGUGUAGAUUUGCAAAAAAAUGUGCCUGAAAUAAUGUAAAAGCAUGUUAAAGUCUAGAACAGGAUAUGAGAACUGGUUUCUUAUUCUGUCUAAAUGUUAAAAGGCCUAAAUUUUUAUAUUAUAAUUUUAUUUUAUUUAUUUUUUUAUUUUCUUUUAUUUUAAUUGGCUUCUUUUUUAUUUUUUAUAAGCAAAUUGACUUCUACUUUGAUUUGGCAUCUAACCAAUGCACACACACAUACAUAGGGUAAGGUGGGGCAAGAUGGGUCAGCUAGUACAUUUAUUGAUUAAUGUGUUUGUCAUAAUCAAUCAAUUUCAGCGGUGGCGGUGGUGUAGUGGUAAACGUGAUUACCUCUCACCCUAGCAGGCCUGGGUUUAAUACCAGUCGGCGUCGCCGGAAUGUUCUGAUCACGCCUUCCUUCGGAAAGUAAAGUAAAGCCGUUAGUCCCGGUUCAGGUGUGGGAGCUGCCUCCCUGCCCCUCUAGGUAGCAUUGGUGCUCAGCACGGAAAACAAGAUCGACGGAAAACAAAUCAAGGAAAAAAAAAUAAUCAACCAGCAUUGGAUCCUGUAGAUGUUGAUAAUUAUUAAAAAAUAAUAAAUCAAGUAGAUGAACCAUCUUGCUCAACCUUAUACAUUCAAACACACACGCACAUGCGAGCACAUUUUCGAGUCUGUUUCCUACAAGAAUAAGCUUAUUUUGUUUGAACAAUUAUUUUGGGCACAUUUUCAUGACUGCACUGUGGACAAGCUAGGGUUAAAACACCUUAAAUCACCAUUUUAUAUGCAAUUUACUGUACUGGUCAUAACGCCACACUUUGAUGAUUUACCGUGUAUCGUUUGAUCAUGCAUCAAAUUUAGUAUAUUAUGGUGAAAUAUUCAACCCAAUCCGAUCCUUUCAGCUUUAUAUGAAAA